UAUCAUAUCUUUCCAAGUCAACAAGACUGCAAACCAGAUUCUGAAUGACUGGUCAAGCGAUAUCAACUCACUAUUGGGACUGAUAGAAAAGACAUGCCAUUUGAUUUCGAAAGAGGAAAUGGUGCACAGUAUUGCUAAAGCUAUGUAAAGCAGCUGCUGAACCGUUGAGUCAUGGCUUGUCAAAUUUGUAACGUCACGUCGUGACUGCUCUUUCUCCCAACAACUUGAAUAAAAUAAACCUUCUCGCAAUACCAGUCUCCUCUCAGCAUAAAAUAAUAGAUCAUGAGUGCGGAAGAACAAUCCAACGCUCAAAUUGAAGAGCUUACGCAGAGAACCGAAGAAGUUGUCUUGGGCGAGGAUGGCAAGCCAUUGUCAAAGAAGGCCUUGAAAAAGCUCGAGAAGGAACGAGAAAAGGCGGCACGAAAGGCCGAAACUGCAGCCAGAGUUGCUCAAGAGCAAGCUGCCAACGAAGGACCUGAUGUCUCUGCUGGAAAGUACGGCAAGUUGCCUAUGAACCAGUCACAAGAGCGUACCGGCCGUCACCGUGAGGAUAUCACCAAGAUCAACGCCCCCCGUGCUGGUGAAACCAUCUUGUUUCGCGCUAGAAUCCAAACUUCUCGUGCCAAAAGCUCCAAGCUGUGCUUUUUUGUUUUCCGUCAAGGCGUCUCCACCAUCCAGGGUAUUCUCACCACUGAUGAUGACAAGGCUAGCAAGCAAAUGAUCAAAUUCUGCUCAAACAUUCCUGUCGAGUCCAUUGUCCUGGUUGAAGCUGAUAUCGUUAAGGCUGCUGAGGAUAUCAAGAGCUGUACUAUCAGUGAUGCUGAAUUGAUGAUCAAGCAACUCCAUAUCAUCUCCGAAGCUGAACCCCGUCUUCCUUUCUCUUUGGAAGAUGCAUCUCGUCCUGAGUCUGAAAUGGAGAAGGAAGACGCUCAGUUCUCCCGUGUCGCUCUUGACACUCGCCUGAACAACCGCGUCCUUGAUUUGAGAACCACUACUGGAAAUGCCAUUUUCAAAAUCCAAUCCGGUGUUUGCCACCUUUUCCGUGACUUCUUGUACAAGCGUGGAUUCACCGAGAUUCACACCCCCAAGAUUAUUGCUACUCCAUCAGAAGGUGGUGCCAAUGUCUUCAGCAUCAAGUACUUCAACACCGAGGCCUAUCUCGCCCAAUCUCCUCAGUUGUACAAACAAAUGGCCAUUGCUGGUGACUUCAACCGUGUCUUCGAAAUCGGCCCCGUUUUCCGCGCUGAAAACAGCAAUACCCAUCGCCAUAUGACAGAAUUCGUUGGUCUUGAUAUGGAAAUGGCUUUCGAAGAGCAUUACCAUGAAGUAAUGGAUGUCUUUGACGAAAUGUUUGUCAGCAUCUUUACCGGUUUGAAGGAAUUGUUCAACACUGAACUUGAGGCUGUCAAGCGCCAGAUGCCAUUUGAGGAUUUUGAGUUCUUGCCCAAGUCCCUCAGAUUGAACUUUGCUGAUGGUAUCGCUAUGCUUCGCGAAGCCGGCGUAGAGAUUGGUGACUACGACGAUAUGAGCACUGAACAAGAGAGAUUCCUCGGAAAGCUCGUUAAGGAAAAGUACCACACCGAUUUCUACAUGCUCGACAAGUUCCCAUUGGCUGUGCGUCCAUUCUAUACCAUGCCCGAUCCUGAGAAUCCCAACUACUCCAACUCAUACGAUUUCUUCAUGCGUGGCGAGGAAAUUCUCUCCGGAGCGCAACGUAUCCACGAUGCCAAGUUCUUAGAAGAGCGAUGCAAGGUCCACGGUGUCGACAUGGCCCACAUCCAACCUUAUCUUGAUGCUUUCAAGAUUGCUGCUCCUCCUCACGCUGGUGGUGGUAUCGGUCUUGAGCGUGUUGUUAUGCUUUACAUGGGACUUGGUAACAUUCGCCGAUCCAGCAUGUUCCCCCGUGACCCCAAGCGUUUAGAACCAUAAAGUAUAUAAAUGACAUAUCAAUGAAAAAUCAAUAAAAGCCUUGACCUCCUGCAAAACUAUACGCUGCUUCAAUCCACAUGAAAUCAGCGUGCUGCCAAUCCGCAACAGCGUUCAUACAGGCAUCCUCUUA